UAAUUCAAGGCAAGAAAGCCACUUCUUUGUUGGGCAAUAGAAAUGAAUGGCGAAGGAGAGAGUGCGAGAGGUAGAGAGAAAGGAGAGAGAGAGAUGGGAACUCCUCCUACCAAAUUAUUCAGACUGGGCAGGCUUUGCUCUCUUCACAAAUAGGACACGGUGCUCAAAUGCAGGCAGUUCCAAUCUGACCUCCAAACACCAAGGAGCCCUGACUGGGAACUUUGGAAGUGGAAAAAAAGAGAAAGAAACAAUCCGAAGCUUGUGUCAUUAUUUUUGACCACACUGCAGCCACCCCCUCCCCCGUUUUCCCUUCACCCACUUGGACUAUAUAUAUUUUUUUUAAUCUGGAGGAGACAUUCUGGAAAGACGGAACAAGCUGCAUUAUCAACACUUCUCGUCGUCCCACCCAUGCUGCUGCUGCUGCUGUAGUUUUCCCAGUUUUUUUUUUUUUUUUUUUUUUGUCUUCUCUGCUUCCAAUAUAGUUGCCUUUGCACGCAGGAGGUGAUCUGACUCGUUGCAUUUUGGAUGCGCUGAGCCGAGCCAGCAGCACACCAGUCCGCGUCCACGGUAUAUGGAAGUGGUGGGCGGCAAGGCAGAAGCAGCCGCUCGCACGUUGCGCCCAGGACCGGGAGCCAUGCUUUUCCACGGGAUCUCCGGGGACCACAUCCAAGGUAUCAUGGAGGAGAUGGAGAGAAGGUCCAAAUCGGAGUCUCGCCUGGCCAAGAGCAUGCAGAUCAACGGCAGAGAAACGACCAUGCCCUCCAUGAGCCCGGAAAAACCUGCCCUAUGCGCCGGCUGCGGGGGCAAAAUUUCGGACAGAUACUACCUCCUGGCCGUCGACAAGCAGUGGCACCUGCGCUGUCUCAAAUGCUGUGAAUGUAAACUAGCGCUAGAAUCGGAGCUAACGUGUUUUGCCAAGGAUGGCAGCAUCUACUGCAAAGAGGAUUACUACAGGUUCUCGGUGCAGAGGUGCGCGCGCUGCCACCUGGGCAUUUCCGCCUCGGAGAUGGUGAUGCGCGCGCGAGACUCCGUGUACCACCUCAGCUGCUUCACAUGCACCUCGUGCAACAAGACCCUCACCACCGGCGAUCAUUUCGGCAUGAAGGACAGCCUCGUCUACUGCCGCCUUCACUUCGAGAGCUUGGUGCAGGGCGCCGACUACCACCCACAGCUCAACUUCGCAGAGCUGGCUGCCAAGGGCGGCGGCCUCGGCCUCCCCUACUUCAACGGCACCGGCGCUGCUCAGAAGGGACGACCAAGGAAGCGAAAGAGCCCGGCCAUGGGCUUGGAUUUACCCACCUAUAACACAGGCUGCAAUGAGAACGACGCGGACCACUUGGACCGGGAUCAGCAGGCCUACGCGCCGACGCAGAAGACCAAACGCAUGCGUACCUCCUUCAAGCACCACCAGCUGCGGACAAUGAAAUCCUACUUUGCCAUCAACCACAACCCGGACGCCAAGGACCUCAAGCAGCUGGCCCAGAAGACGGGCCUGACCAAAAGAGUUCUGCAGGUUUGGUUCCAAAACGCGAGAGCCAAAUUCAGAAGGAACGUUUUACGACAGGAGAACGGAGGUGUUGAUAAGGCUGAUGGCACCUCGCUCCCUCCGCCCUCGUCCGACAGUGGGGCCCUGACCCCCCCCUCCAGCGCAGCCACGCUAACAGACCUGACAAACCCCUCAAUUACUGUAGUGACGUCCGUCACCUCUAGUUUGGACAGCCACGAUUCGGGGAGCCCUUCACAAACUACCUUGACGAACCUUUUCUAACAAACUAGCAGACUGCUUUUUUCCCCCCCUAAAUCAUUAUUUUCUCAGUUUUUUUUUUUUUCCCUUUUCACACUUUUUUUAAAUUGACCUUUAAAUCAAGCAGAGAUGGCUUCUCUGAAGAAAGUGUGCAGGAGCAAGAAGAGCAGUGGCCACAUCAAAUUAUUUUCAAAUCAAUGUGUAGCAUUUGACACCUCAUGGCAGUGACUGACUUUGGAGAAUCAUCGAGAAAAACAAUAGCUAAAAGCCUGGAACGUAAUUAACUCUUCAUUUGUACAUUUGUGUUGAAUUAUGACAAAUUGAGCCCUUCUUAAUUGUAUGCUUCCCGUUCAAUUGCUGUUUCUGUUGUGAAAUCAUUCGGGAAGCAAACUUGUAGAAUGUUCUGUAUAUGGGUAAACAUCCAGAAAACAGUCUUUGAAUUCUCUUUUUGAAUGUCUACCGUCUGUAUGGCAGUUGAAUAAGACUUAAGGAUUCACGCCGGGAACCCCGACAUUUUUUCGAGAACAACAGUGGUAACAAUAAUGCAAUCGUCUAAAUGUUGGAAAGCAAAUUUGGAUUAGAGAACAGUUUUCUGGCCUCAGUUGGAAUCAACCGCCACUUCAUGUUAGCGCGCUGUAAUAAUUGCAGUAAAAUUGAUCCCAGCAAACGCAUCCGCAGAUGGAGUCAAUUGCACAAAGCCCUCCGUAAAAAGUGCAUUAUUGUUUUAUCAUGUUGCUCAGGGUGAUGAUUUUGUUUCUUUGUUUUUUUUAACAGGAAAGGGAGUGUAGUAUAAUGUUGAAGACUGGAUUAGUAGAGCUGGCGUUUGGGGGUAAUUGACCUUAGAUAGGUGGAAUCAGUCCAUUAUUUUCUCCUGACUUUGACUUUCUCUAAUGCCACUUUGCCACUGAUCAGACCAAAAAACAAAGCGUGUUUCUUCUGGCUGAAAGGUAGUAACGGGGAGAUAGAGAGAAAGAAAGAGGAGCAGCAGACACGUUUUCAUUGUACGUGUCCUAAUUUGUUCUAUCGUAGAACAAAGUGGUACUCCAAGUCUACUUGAUGAAGUAGAUGCCUAACUCAGUUCUACUCAAUGUGCCUUAUGCGAUAACUUGGGAGAAAAGGUUGUGAAAUUCAGGAUUCUCUGUGUUCUUUGUUAACUGACUCACACCCUUUGGACGCCUCACUAGUUUUGUACUGUUUUGCAUCUUAUUUUCAAAGAUCUUUUUAUGGUGUAUCCUGUUUUGGAAAAAGAAAAAAGAAGAAGGGGGAGGGGCAGCGAUGUCAUAGAAAGCAUUUGUGCACUCUUUCAGAUAUAGUUCCAAGAACCUUAUAUAUUGAUCUUCGUGUUAAUAGUUGAGUACAGUAAGUGUUCUAUCAAGAUUGUCCAUGUUUUCCUGUUUCUUGAUAAAGAUGGUGUAUAGAAACUAUUUCCCCUUAAAUAUUUAUGGACCAAACGGUUGUUAUAUAUCUUAUUGAAUUUGUGUGAAUAAAAACAAUACUUUGCUUUAAAUGGCUUUUAAUUUUUCAUUGCACUUGCCAUUUUUGUGUUGGCUCUCGAGUACAGUUUUUUUUGUUUGUUUGUCACAUCAACAGCCGAGAGAGUCGUUGACUUACCGUCGUUCCUCAUUUUUGCUUCCAUUUUAAGUUUUAUUUCCUCUUUUAUGAUGUCUAUGGUUUUUGACGUAAUGCCCCACAGAUUUGCAUCCAAACCCUGCAGUCCAAAAAUUUGAAAUUUGCUUUUUAAUGCAUGAUCAUGGCUGUAGAAUUUGAAUCAACAGAAUGCUGCAAAGCGCAUAUUUACAUAUGUAUAACAUGGUAAACCUAAAAUGAAAUCAAAAUCAAUGCAGACCCCGUAAAGCCAGGUUGCUCUGUAGUUAAUAUAUUCUUACUCUAU